GACGCCUCUGGCCUGCUGGCCAUCAGCCCCGCCAAGAGGGAGCUUUACGGGGUGUGCGCCGCGACCGGCUACCGGCCCAACGGCGGCGGCGCGUGCACCGCGGCAGAGGUGGAGUGCUACAAGUGCUUCUGCUACGAGGCGCUCUCGGGCGGCAUGAUCAAGUGA